AUGGCCAACGCCGAAGAUGGGCGCCGUAAGCCUUCAGACAUGGCGCAGCCGUCGCCACUGUCUCCGCUGUCACCGAGUGAGCUGCGUGACGAGGCGUCCGAGACGUCGAGCAGUGAAGAACAACACCUGGCCGUCGUCGUCCCCUUCGCCCGACGGCCGUCGGAGUCCACGUCGACGUCGUUCCCGCAGUACCCGCCAGAGGAUCAGCAGGAGGAGCUCAGGACAUCCGUCGGCGAAGAUGAGACGCGAUCUGCAUCGGUCCUGCCGGCCUCCACUCCGUUGUCAGCGCUGUCGGUCGGAGUCAUGCAGGAGGCGGGUCAGACGACGUCGACCGCCGGCACGGCUACGGUGACCGCGCACGCGGUCAGCACCACCAUCGAGCCCUCGUCACCGCUGGACCACGUUCUGAUCAUUGGCCAUGGCCGGUUCCAGAAGAUUGUCCUGGUCUGCACCACGCUGGCAUUCUUCACGACCAUCGUGCACGCUAUGGCCUCGACGACGUUAGCGAGAUCCGCGGACCACUGGUGCCGGUACAUCAAGAUUUUCAUAGGAGAGCACACUAUAGCUGGAGGGAGCCCACCAGAAGAGUACGCCUUUGUAUCCGAGGCUACCUGGAAGAAAGUCGGCAUCCCAGAACACCGAGACGGCUCCGUGGUACGUCGCAGCCAGUGCCACCGGUACGACCCUCCGUUCGACCUUUUGUCGGACGAGGCCGGCCACGAUGCCUCCGCGGACAACCGAAGCGUGAUACCCUGCGACGCUGGCUGGCACUUUGAGACGGGACCCAUCUCGGACGGUCCCGAUUACCACGGGCACUCCGGAAAACUCGACUUCAAACAUCCGCACUCCAUUGUGGUCGAGUGGAACCUGGUGUGCGGUCGUAAAUGGAUCGUGUCCGCACUCAGGGCUGCCUAUACGGCUGGCGGGUUCGCUGGCGCUCCGGUGGCCGGCAUCGCGGCAGACCGCAUCGGUCGACGGCCCGUGCUGUGUUUGUGGCUCGUGCUGCUCUUCUUAGCCGGCACCAUGCUCGUGUUCGCCCUCACCGUACCCGUGUUCGCCGCGCUCCGGUUCCUACUUUCGGCUGGGGCCGCCGGUGUGGUCGUGGCGUCGCACGUGCUUCUGUUCGAGUUGACUGGCGCGCGCUAUCGCGCCUCUUACUGCGCCGUCGCCAUCGCCAGUGGCAUUUUGGCCGCAGACGUCUAUAGCGAGCUCAUCUACGUCUGCAUCCCAAACUGGCACCUGGCACAGGUUGCCUUCAUGAUUCCCUCGUGCGGCAUGAUUGUUGCGGUGUACCUGAUGGAGGAGUCUCCCUGCUGGCUCGUGGCCGUCUCCGAGAUGCGCUACGCCGAGAGCGUUCUCGCGUGGGCGGCCGGCGUCAACAACAUUGAGCCGAGCAUGUUCAGACGCCGCCUCUCUCGCCUCAGGAUCGAGCUGAACCGGCAGAACGAACAGCUGGCCAUGCAGCAAGAACCGGAAGGCGCCAUCAUCUCGGAACACGAAGUCCGCGUCUCAGACCUGCUGUCCAAACACAACCUGCGUCGGCGGUCUGCCGUCAUAUUCGGCUGCUGGUUCCUGGUGUUCGGCGCGUUCGCGCACUUCACCACGACCGACGUGUUGCGCAACAGUGAACUGGCCCGCAUCGCACUCGUCUUGCUCCGACUGCCUUGCGUCGUGGCGGACGUCUACGCCAUCACGCGCGCCGGUCGACGCCUGUCCCUCGGCUUGAGCAUGCUGGCGCUCUCCGUCGUGGCCACCGCCUUGUCCAUGGUGGAGCUGUUCGGCGCCUCGGUGAAGCUCUCCGCCGCUCUCGUCAUCUCGGGGCUUCUCGCCUUCGACUUGUCCGCCGUCACGCUGUUCGCCUUCUCCGCCGAGCUGUAUCCGACCGUGCUGCGCGGCACUGCGUUGGGUUGCUGCUACAUGAGCGGCCGGCUAGGCGCCUUCGUGGCGCCGUGCAUCAACUUGAUCCCGUCUCCGCCGCUAAGGAGCGCUGUAUACGCCGUCUCGGCCGCCAUGUUGCUGGUGCUCAGCGCGAUGGCGUUCGCGCUGCCGGAGACGAGGCAGCUGCCACCUUCCAACACAAUGCAGGGCAUGCUGGCCAUGGAGGAGAAAUGGCUACUCGGCUCUCCGCUGCGAGUGGCCCGAGGCGGCGGCAAGCGUCGGCGUUCUAGAACGACGUCUGUGGAUGGCGUGAAGAAGCAGGGGCGGGGUUCCUCCUUGAGGCAACUACAAUAA